AUGUCGUCUCGUGGAUCCGAACGAGGUAUACAUAGAGAAAAUCCCGAGGUUGAACCAAAGCAAGGACGUCGAGGUGGAAACGCUAGUGCUAGUACGAGUAACGUAAGUCGAUACUAUAGGUCAAUGACCCUUACUGACUUCCUCAAGAAUGGUCCACCUCGGUUUAACGGAAACGCCAAUGCCCUGGAGGCUGAUCAGUGGUUUCGAGAAGUGGAGAGGUUUUUGUACACUCAGCAUGUUCCUGAAGUGGAGUUAACGGAUGUCUCUUGGCAUAUAUUCAAGACAGAGUUUUAUGGGAGAUAUUUCUUGCAUGCGUUUCGCAUUGCAAAGGAAUUGGAGUUAAUGCAGCUGAAGCAAAAGGAUAUGUCCGUUGCCGACUAUACCCGUGAAUUCGACAACCUGUGCCGUUUCUCGAAAACUUGUCAAGGAAAUCCAGCUGAUUAUGAGGAAUGGAAGUGUGCUCAGUAUGAGAAAGGACUAAGGAGAGAUAUCUUUAAUUACGUGUAUCCACAAAAGCUAACAAAUUUUACUGAGUUGGUUAAGAAGAGCCAGCUCGCUGAGGAUUGCUCCAUGAAGUGGACACUGCUACAGGAAGGCUUUGGUGAGACCACUCCAGAAGAGCCGCGCAGGUACGGACUGGGAAUGUGUUUUCGAUGUGGAGCACCGAGACAUAUGUCUAGGGAUUGUUCGCGUGGGAGAGCCGCAGAUACGGGUUGGCCACGACAGGAUCGAGGUAAGUAUGAUACCGAAUGCAUAGAAAGGAUUUGUUCUGUAUAG